GCUUUCCUCGACCGUGACCACCAUGUCUCCCAACAUUCGAGUUCUCCGUGAUAUCAAGGCUCGGCAUGGCGUGAACGCUAACGAAAUCGCUCGAAGAGCAUACCUCUAUGUUGCUCGCAAUGCAAGCUUACCCGCCUCUGUGCGCUACCAAGCCCAGCUGCAGCUCAACACUUUCGGAAGGUACACUCGACCUACUACGGUGAAGAACCGUUGUGCAGAGUCAGGAAAGGGUCGUGGUAUCAUGAGCGAAUUUGCUCUAUCGAGAUUCCAAUUCCGACUUAAAGCUCGCGCAGGGGAGCUGCCUGGUGUUCAUAAAGCGUCCUGGUAAUCUUUGCGCAUUAUUACACAGCUCCAACCUAUACAUUCUACAAUACAUACACGAUAACAUGCGACGACUAGAGUCAAAGCAAAUAUAAAACA